CAAAUAUGGCGAUUCAAAACUUUGGCGGUCGUGGAAGUGGAAUUUAAACACGAUAUCUCGGUUUGAUGAAACAGGGCCACAAUAAUGUCGGAGGAUAACUUGAAGGUGAAGUGUGUGGGAGAGGCUGGUGGCGAGACAACUGAUGAAUUGAAAGAGGCUCGUGAGAUUUUGAUUGAGAAUGGAUUUCAGCCUCUGUGGAUUACCCCGGCGGAAUGCCUGGACUUGGAACAGAAAGACAGGAGCAGUGUUUACUUGAUCGACCCAUUUGAAGGAGAGGCCUUCCAUCAUCUUGCUGCUAUAGGAUGCAGAGUGUAUGGCCCUCAGUGCAUCCUGUCCUGCAUGCUGCUGAGAAUGGAAAUUCCCCGAAGACGUGUCCCUAUUUACAACAUGGCGAUGAAGGAUGUGUUGGUCAGCUGUACCAGUAUAGAAAAGGAUGUGAGGGAGCAGAUCCACAAGCAGGUUGAGUACAUGGCGGGCGAGGUGAGCAAGGACUUCACGGAUGCAGUCACGCACCUCAUUGCUGGGGAAGUGGGCAGCAAGAAAUAUGUUGUCGCUGGCAGUCUGGGCAAGCACAUCAUGAUGCCGAAAUGGGUGACAUCGGUGUGGGAGAAGGCCAAGUACAGACAUGUCCAUGCCACGGAUGAACAGUUCCAGAAGUACCAAUGUCCUAUAUUCUGUGGCCUUGUGGUGACGGUGUCAGGUCUGGACCAAGAUGAGAGGAAGGAAGUAAAGAAGACAAUCGAGGCUGAGGGGGGAAGAUACACAGGGGAGAUGAAGAUGAAGGAGUGUACACAUCUCAUUGUCAAGGAAGCAAAAGGACAGAAAUAUGAGCAUGCUACGAAGUGGAAGAUACAUAUAGUUCGGCCACGCUGGUUGUACGACUCGGUGGAGAAAGGGUACUGUCUGGAUGAGACAGACUACAGAGUAGAGAAGAAUAUGAACACAACAAACCAGCAGAAGACAUCAACACCAGACAGGGAGAGAUCUACUAUCCAUGCAACCCAUCUUGGAGACAUUAGUUCAAUUGACAACUUAUCCGUUAUAUCUGGAAUCAAUGAAACUACAGCAGCCUUACAGAGGACCCACGUUACCGAGGACCUUCUGGAGUCUCUGGAUGUCACUCACAUCCCGGGGGACGUCUUCCUGGAUGGUUGUAAGUUCUACCUCAGCGGUUUCCGUGGCCCAAGUCUGGAGAAGCUGAGAAAAAUAAUCAAUGCAGGAGGAGCAACCAGAUUCAACACGAUCAAUGAGAGCGUGACCCAUGUCCUGAUGGGCGAGAAGAUCCAGUCAGACAUUGACAUGCUCAGAAACAGUGAUCUCAGACCCCAUGUGGUGUCGGCAGCGUGGCUGGUAGAGUGUUACAAGCUGGAGAAGACUGUCGAUGUGGAGCCGUAUCUCUGUCUGGAGUUACCUGCCCUUGAUCCAACAUCCCCUAAAAUGAAAGGAAAAAGGAAAUCAUCCAGGCCAGCUGCCGCACCGAAACCAGUUGAUGCCGAUGCAACGCGGGGCCCAGCAGAACAGAACGACAUGGACGACAUCCUCAGCCAGUAUCUGCCUCAAGAAUCAACACAGAAGGAUGCAGAGAGAGAAACAACAACAAUUGAAGCCAAAGGGGAUGAAACAAUUACAGGCAAUAAUUAUGACGAGGUUGAUGGAGAAACUCAGGGCACACAGGACGGGGACAAGGGGAUAUUCUACAAGAAAACCAUUGUCUUCUUUGGAUUCGAUGAGGAACAGAUCAGUGAACUGAGCAAUUACAUUAAAGAGAGAGGAGGUAGAGUUGUUGGUGAGAACCGUCGUGUUGUGGCUGACUUCGGCAUCGUGCCCAUUGAUGGCUAUCCAGUAUCCAUCACUGUCAAUGAAGUUCUCACCAAUGUGUGGCUGCAAAUGUGUAUAGAAGAAGAGAAGCUGCUACCUGUGGAACAGAAUCAGCUGUUUCUCCCGAUCGACAUCAUCAACAACAUCGAUGAGCUGAAGCCCCUGGACGGCUGUGUGCUCUCCAUCAGUGGUUUCAGUGGAACGGAAAGGGACUGUCUCAUGCAUAUAGCCAUGAUAAUUGGUGCAAGUUGUCAGGAAUACUUUGUCCGGCGGGCCAAUAAAGGCCUCCUGGCCAGCACACACCUGCUGGUAAAGGAAGCCUCGGGAACCAAGUAUGAAGCAGCCAAAAAGUGGAAAUUACCUGCAGUUUCAAAACUCUGGCUGUUUGCCUGUGCAAGGUCUGGAAAGAGGGAGCCGGAAGCUAACUACACUAUAGAUAAAGUCACUGCUCUGAAGUCAGGCCCAGAGUCAGUGUCCAACAUUCCAGAACAUGAGCCAGCAUCAAAACACUGUGAUAACAAACCAGACUCAAACACAAACAAUAACAACGUGAACUGUGAAGACCCGAAGGCUUCCAGACUGGAGAAAGUGACUCCUGUAGCUGUCAAACCUGCUCUUGAUGCAGUUAUACCGACAUCAUCAGCCGAAGAAUCUCAGAGCCGGCCUAAUGUGAUGGACCCCAUGUCAGGGGCCAAGUCAUUAAUGGAGGAAAUAGCUGCGAAGGAAAGUCUAAGUCAGAAAGAAAAUAUAUCUUUAGAACCAACCGAUAUCACCAACAGACCUCAGCAUAGUCGUGUUAAGGAACUCCAUCUAGACAAACCCCAAACACCAAAGGCUGCCUCUCCUUCGAAGAGUGGGAACGACACACCCGGGAAGUUUCUCCGUACCGGUGUUUCAUUUGUCCCAAAAUACAAUAUUGCAGAUACCUUCACAUCUCUGCAGUCUCCUUUGGGUGAUGGAAGCCAGAAACACAGGCGAAGAUCAAGUGUGCCUCUUGGAGAGUUUUUUCUGAAGCACGUGAAGAAGGCUGUUGAGAACAGCUCGGUGAAGAGGACGGAGGACCAGGAUACAGGAGAUGCUCAACACUCGGAGGAGGUGCAGGGGCCCCUCCAUGGUGUGGUGAUCGCCGUCAGUAAGAAGCUGCUGCUGAACCAGGCGGAGUACAACAACAUCGUGGAGGACCUUGGCGGCUUCUACAGCUGGAAGCAGGACGGCAGCUGCACGCACUUCAUCUUCCAGGGAAGACCCAAUGACACCAGCAAAGAGUUCCGCAUGGCAAGAGAUCAAGGCAUCUUUAUUGUCUCCCCUCACUGGCUGUUUGCAUGUAAGGAACAGACAAAAAGAGUUGAUGAAGGACAGUUUCCCCAUAAUUACAACCCAAAUCUUAGCUUGGCCGUGUCUGGUGGGCGGACUCCAGGACGCCCCUCGCGGAGGGCAGCUCGGAACAGUGUGAGGGGCAGUGAACAAUCAGAACAACAAAAGAAGGAGCAGGAGAGCCUUGAGGAACAGAAGAAGCAUCAGGAAGAAUUACGAAAAAAGGAAGAGUUGAGACUUAAGGAAGAACGAACAAUGGAAGAAGAACGACGAACAGAAGAACAAAGACUGAACGAAGAAGAAGAACACCCAGAUGGAGAAGGAGAUCGGUCACUCGAGAACCAGCAGGAAGAGUUGGCACAGGAUGAGCCCAAUACCAGCGUGGAGCAUGAUGUGGGAGGCACGCUGGAGAUCCGCGAAGAGCUGUCGAAACAGAUGGAGGCCAUCAUGAACUCGGCAGGGAAGGUUAAGAAACAACCAAGGAAAAAGAGCAAGCGACUUGAUGGAAGUGGUCAGUUCAACACAUCCGGCAACACCUCGGACAGUGGACGCAGUCGGCCUUCAUCAAGACAGAGCCCAUGGGCGUAUCAAGAUGAAAAGAAAGGUGUUAGUAGAAGAACCAGAAGUGGAAGCAAGAGUUCCGACAGCAACAGCAUGCCUGAAGCUUCACAGAGUGUUCAAGUGACGUGGGACGAUCCAACAGGAAGACUGGAACAGGAGAAGCUUGCUGAUGAGCUGCAUCGUCAGUGCAGUCAGAGUCAGAACACAGAUGACUACCUGGCUGGGAUUGACCUCUCCAGCUCCAAUGCCCAGUUCUCGGAGUUGGAGGACCCAGCGGGGACUGCCAAGGAGGACAACGUCUCUCGGACAAGAUCCUCCAAACGAAAGAGCCAGGAAACUGUGAGAACGCCGACACCUGAAGCUCCACCACUUGCUUUCCCUGAGCCACGUAGAACCAGCAGAGUGAUGUCCCCUCAGCCCAUUGAAAUCCUGGAGGAAGAACAGAAGAAGAAAGAACAGAAACUCCCAGUGAUCCUGGUGUCGGGAAUGCAGCAUGAUGAGCGGGUGGACUACGGGGCACUGGUGGAGCAGCUGGGAGGGAAGCUGCUGGACUCGCAACACUUCGAUACAUCUUGUACACAUCUAGUUGUAGAGACCCCUGCACGGAAUGAGAAGUUCCUGGCUUGUGUGGCUGCAGGGAAGUGGGUUCUACAUAAGUCUUACUUUGAGGCAUGUCGAAGAGAGGGACACUUCGUCAAGGAGGAGUGUCACGAGUGGGGCAGUGAUGCAACUCGUAACAUCAUGCUCAACAUGAACGCCCAGUGCAGCAAACUAGCGGCCGCAGCUUACAGGUGGAGGCAGAAGGUCAAAGAAAUGAAGAAGGUUGAUCCCAACUGCCGUGGUGCCUUUGAAGGGUGGCAGGUUAUUCUGUGUACAGACAAGAACAGAGAGAGUAACUUCUCCCGGUUGUUGCAGGCCGGUGGGGCGCAGGUGUUGCCUCUCAAACCACCAUUCAGCAGUGAUGUUACUGCCACACAUGCAUUCCUUGAACUUAACAAAGUCAAACUAUCUCAGGAUGAUCUGGAAAAUCUCAUCAAAUCCCACAUCCAUUGUCUGAAGCCAGAGUUUAUCGCAGCACAACUGACGGAGGACCCAUCCCCCAACCCUGAUGACUAUAGUCCACCGGAAAUAACAGCAUUAAGAGCAAGUCUUCCAGAUUCCAUGCCAAUGAAGAGGAAGGGUUCAGUAACAGAAGGAUCUGGGAAACGGCCUCGCAGACAUUGAAAUUUCCAUUUGUGUACAUACAUGUAUAGAUGUGUACAUUUUGUAAAGACGGUUGUACAGAAUUGUAUAUUGCUGAAAUUCUAGUUACAAACAAUACUUGAAGAUGGUCCAUGGUGCCGUUUUUGUCGGAACAGGAACUAACUGUGUCUACAAUUUGCAUGUCCAUUGAUGAUUUAGAACAUUAUUUGUAUCAUGCAUGUGAAGGAAAGUGAAAUAUAAAAAAGAUAUGCUGGCAGUUGUUUAUGUUGACCAGUGAUUUGUAUCCAAGUGACUCAGAUUUGUCUAGACUGCAGCGUUACAACAUGAAUAUUACAUUAAGGCUGCGGAAUAAUGACUUACAGGGGUAACAUGCCAACUAAUGUUACAUAUAUUUCUCCUCAAGCAGCAAGGAGUUAAUGUUGGUCAGUUUAACAUGGUCAUUUCCUUUCACAAACAUUGACCUACUUUUUACUUUGCUUGACUUUUAAGCAUUAUGCAAAAUUAUGCAACUGCAUUAAGGCCAUGUGAAUGUGUUUUUCUACAAAUUUGUUGUUUCCAUACCAUGUGUACAGUGCCGUAUAUGAGGUCUGUGGGCACCGAUGAAGACAGUUUUGUCCUGGACAGACUGUACAAUAGUUCCAGCAACCAUUCCUAUGUGACCAUGAGCAACUGGAGCCAGCUAGAUCAAUAGUUGUCUUGGAUUGUUCUUGAUGAAAGAUGCCUGAAAAAUGACUAAUGUCUACUCCAUUGCAUUUUAGAGUAUUGCAUUCAUAUUUCAGAAUAAUUGACCACAGCAGUUGCAUUUAUGUGGUCACUUGUAUUUGGGACUCAUUGUGAACAAGCAACAAUAAUCUACUCAAGGCUAUUCCUAUGCAUUUAUCUUGAUGUGACUAUUUAGCUUUCCUGCAUAAUGUCAUUGUUCCAGACGGAGACAUUUUCGGUGCUGUGUGUGUGUGUGUACAGGUCGGGGAUGAGGUGGGGAAGGUAUGC